UAUAAGUUUUCAGUAGGUAAGGAUGCUUUCUAGAAACAUAAACGUAAGAGGACUUAGAUCGUUUUCUACAUUGGGAUAUCUUAAGAAUUGGAAUCAAAUUCCAACUGCUCCUCCAGAUAAGAUUUUGGGGAUUUCCGAAGCUUAUGUAAAAGAUUCCAAUAGCCAAAAGAUCAAUUUAGGGGUUGGUGCUUAUAGAGAUAAUAACGGUAAGCCAAUUAUUUUCCCAUCAGUUAAGAAGGCUGAAGGCAUUUUAUUAGAAAAAGAAAGCGAAAAAGAAUAUACUGGGAUAAUUGGUAAUAAGAAUUAUCAAAGUAUUGUUAGGGAUUUCAUAUUCAAUAACUCCAAUAAAGAUGCUAAUGGUGCUAAGUUGAUUAAAGAAGAUCGUAUUGUUACUGCACAAACCAUUUCUGGUACUGGGUCCUUGAGGGUUAUUGCUGAGUUUUUAAAUCGUUUUUAUGAUUCUAAAACCAUAAAAGUCCCCAAACCAACUUGGGCAAAUCACGUUGCUGUUUUCACCGAUGCUGGAUUACAGCCAGAAUUCUAUAAUUAUUAUGAUGUGGAAAACAAUUCUUUAGAUUAUGAAAAUUUGAAAAAAUCAAUUGAGUCAACUCCAAACGGCUCUAUUGUUUUAUUGCACGCUUGUUGCCAUAAUCCAACCGGGAUGGAUUUAUCCAAUGAAGAAUGGGAUGAAGUUUUACAAAUCAUUACCAAGAAAAACUUGUUCCCAUUAGUUGAUAUGGCUUAUCAAGGAUUUGCUCUGGGUAAUCCAUAUAAAGAUAUCGAAUUGAUUCGUAAAUUGAAUCAAUUGGUUGUUAAUGAUGAAUUGAAAUCAUACGCUUUGUGUCAAUCUUUUGCUAAGAAUAUGGGAUUAUACGGAGAAAGAAUUGGUUCAAUCUCAAUUGUCACCGAAUCUUCAGAACAAUCAGUGGCAAUUGAAUCUCAAUUGAAAAAAUUAAUCAGACCAAUCUAUUCAAAUCCUCCAAUUCACGGUUCCAAAAUCGUCGAAACUAUUUUCUCAAAUGAAAAUUUAUACAACUCUUGGUUAAAUGAUUUAGACCAAGUUGUUGGAAGAUUAAACAAAGUUAGAGAUCAAUUAUAUCAAAAAUUAGAUAAAUCAAACUAUAACUGGGAUCAUUUAACCAAACAAAGAGGUAUGUUUAUCUACACUGGUUUAUCAAAAGAUCAAGUUAUCAAAUUAAGAAAUGAUUACUCUAUCUACGCUACUGAAGACGGUAGAUUCUCCAUCAGUGGUGUUAAUGAAAAUAACGUCGACUAUUUAGCCAACGCCAUUAACGAGGUUAUCAAAAGCUCUUAAUCUUAAUUAGAAAUCUAUGAUUGAAUUGUAA